ACUGUUCUACACUUUAUCCUCAAUAUUCUCCAUUUCCUCUUUUCCUUUCGCUUCAGCAAAACGCAACGCUCGUUGCUGUGUGUUAAGGUAAAGCGACACCGUUUAACCCUUCCCCUUCUCAUCACAGGUUAGCUGACCCAUUUUUCUUCAGUUUCAUCAUAUUCUUCUUCUUCUUCUUUUCUCUCUUUAUCAUAUAAUGAAUAGUUCAAAAUUUAUGAAUCAGGGAUUUAUGUCAGGUGAUUGAGCUCUUCAUCUGAUGUGUUGUUGGCCAUUUCAUUUUGUUUCCCUGAUUUGAUGAUUUUGUAGAAAUGGUAGAGUUUGAUUUCUAAUUCUCUGCUUUUAUGCUUUGAUGAUAUAAGAAUAGUGCCGAAUCUUGCUUUCGGUUGCAGCUCUUUUGUGUGUGCGUUUGUGGUUUGGUUUAGAUGAUGAAUUGCAUCCAAUUGUUUGGUUGAGAAGCAUGGGAAUCUAAAUUCGACGAAUUUGAGUAGUUUCUAGGGUACGCAUUGCUUUGGUUUCUUACUGUUUAUUUCAUGAUUUUUAACCAUCUGGGUAACUCUGAUUCCCAAUUUUGAAUGGAAUACUGAAUCCUGCGUGUUUCUUCACUCGAACAUGAUGGGUGGAAACUACAAUCUACAACAGCAUGGUUGGCAGCCAUAAAUGCAUUUUCUUACAAACUGUAAUGAUUAGUAUUGUAUUACGAUUUGGCACUAUCGGUUAUGUUACAUCUAUGACUUUAUAUGGAGGUAAAAGAUUGAUCUGUUUCAGUGCAUGGCAUGUGAGGCUUCUUAAAUAAACCAUAGGUAGUAUUGGCCCAGCUUAUUUUGAGCUUCUCUUCUUAAAAGGAGAGGCUGGGACAAACAGAAUUUUAUGAAAAUAAGAUUUUAAAACAUACUGGCUUUUGUCCACAAAAUGGUGGUUUUCUAUUUGUGGGAGUCAUUAAUGCAAACUCCAAAUCUCACCCUGUUCCCCAAACCAAAAAUUACGACCAAUGUUCUAUUUGACUGUUUUACCUGAUCUGCAUUAUCUAUCACCUUUUGGCACUUGUGUACUAUAGUAUCAAUGGAGCCCUUGAUUCAAGAAUGGAUAACAUAACUGAAAUGACAUUAAUUCAGCAUGCAGGGUUGUUAUGAAAAUAUUAAAGAUUCAUCAAGUCACCAAAACAUUUCUAGAUCUAGUAUUUCAUGUUGUAUAAUCACGAAAGCAACUAUUGUUAUUGCAAUGUACAGAAAAAUAAAAAUUUAAUAAAGCAAGAUGGAGCUUGCAUGACUCUUAAUUAUAUCAGAUAUUAAAAUACAAAACCUUUACAUGUAACUGAAUAAAAUAUUAUGAAAUUCUACAGAAUAAUAAUUUUUGUUACCAAAAAAAUAAAGGAAACUGCACAAACGAAGGAGGAAGAAGAAGGUGGGUGCAGAGAAACAGAAAAAAUGGCAGAGAAAUUAGCCCCAGAAAAGCGUCACAGCUUUGUCCACAAUGGUCAAAAGGUGUUUGAGUGGGAUCAAACCCUAGACGAGGUCAAUAUGUACAUAAAUCUCCCUCCUAACGUUCAUUCCAAGCAAUUUUACUGUAAGAUUCAGUCCAAACACCUUGAACUUGGCAUCAAAGGCAAUCCUCCGUAUCUCAAUCAUGAUCUUACUUCCCCAGUGAAGACUGAUUCGUCUUUUUGGACCCUAGAGGAUGACAUAAUGCACAUAACACUGAAUAAGAGAGAUAAAGGUCAAACAUGGGCUUCUCCCAUAUUAGGUCAGGGUCAGUUGGACCCAUACUCUUCUGAUCUUGAACAGAAGCGCCUCAUGCUUCAGAGAUUUCAAGAGGAGAACCCAGGUUUUGAUUUUUCACAAGCUCAAUUUAGUGGAAGUUGUCCUGAUCCAAGGACUUUCAUGGGUGGAAUCCGAUCAGAUUGAUGAUCUUAGCUGAUGUAAUUAGUAUUUGCCUGCUUUAAGAAGUUAUCAAACGGUAAAUAAUCUGUGUAAUCUCGUUUGUCUCCGUGUUAGACGUAAUCUAAUUAAGGCAGUCUCAAUGCACUUUCUGUAAUGAAUGACUGGCUAUAUUGACAUUAUAUGAUAUUUUUUUAAUCUCUGUGUUGCUGCUUGGCGUUUAAAUAUGUACAUAAAAAAUGGGGCA